AUGAGUCUUCUGCUCGAGAAGAUAAGAAAAAAUUCACUCCUUUUGGGACCCAAUAUUCAUUGGUUCCUUUUUCUGGAAGAAGAAGAUAGCUUACCCCUUGUGUGCACCUACACAGACAGAGACAACAACAUCCUGAUUGCUGUCCGACCAGCAUCUGCAGAAGAAUACAUGAACGUUUACAAGGUACAGUACAACCCUCACUUCAGAAACUCAACUAUACAUCAGUUGGGCACGUGGUAUGCCCAGAAUAAGUCCAGUAUAGACAAGGAGAAUCUCAGAAGUUUCUCAGCUAAGACUGAUCUCCAAGGAAGGACUCUGAAGGUUGCCCUGGAAAGACAUUUCCCUUUUUUUAUACCUGCCAACGAAACCGGUGAACGAAACCCAAGUGGAGUAGAUAUUGAAGUUCUGAACGCCCUACAAGAAGUUUUUAAGUUUCGAUAUGAAAUUCACAGACCUUCCGAUGGUAAGUGGGGAUCACCGGUAUCCAAUCGAUCUUGGAAUGGUAUGAUAGGAAUGGUCCACAGACAGGAAGUUGACAUUGCCAUGGGCGGAAUGACGAUUUCCCAGACAAGGAAAGAAGCCGUUGACUUUAGCUUUGCUUAUUGCUUUGAUCGAACAACUUUCGUUACUCGUGCCCCCUCGGAAGCGAGCCGGGCAUGGGUAAUUGUCCUUCCAUUUCAGUGGGGAGUCUGGUUGGCAAUAGGCCUGGCAGUAACUCUCAUAUCUCAAGAGAGAGCUCUUCCAUCUGGGUUAAGGGAUUAA